ACGCACAAAGAGAAAGAGAGAAAGAGAGAGAGGAGCUCAAAAGAUUCAGAAGCAUGGAAGUGGAUAAGUUGAGCAAAAUAGUUGAUAAUGAAGAUGAUGAUGAGGAUGAUGUUCCACUUCCAGGGUUUCGGUUUCAUCCGACAGAUGAAGAGCUUGUAGGGUUUUAUCUUCGGCGGAAAGUUGAGCGGAGACCCCUCAGUAUUGAACUUAUCAAACAGAUUGACAUCUACAAAUACGACCCAUGGGAUCUUCCAAAAGCCAGUAACGUGGGAGACAAGGAGUGGUACUUCUUUUGCAAAAGAGGGAGAAAAUAUAGAAAUAGCAUAAGACCGAAUAGAGUCACAGGUUCUGGAUUUUGGAAAGCGACUGGUAUUGAUCGGCCGAUAUACUCAGCCGGCGGAGAAGGCCGGGAAGGCCGGGAAUGCAUUGGACUCAAGAAAUCAUUGGUGUACUACCGUGGAAGUGCUGGCAAAGGCACCAAAACUGAUUGGAUGAUGCAUGAGUUUCGCCUUCCAGCUGAUCAUGAUCAUGAAAAAAGCACCAAACACGUUGAUACCAAAAGCAUUCCACAAGAAGCUGAAGUCUGGACACUAUGUCGAAUUCUCAAGAGAAAUCUGCCGUAUAGAAAGUGCAUACCGGAUUGGAGGGAAUUACCCGCUAAACGAAAUUCAGCUGAUGCAAGCUUCAAAACCAACAGUAGUAUUGAAUUUGACAAUCGACAAGGUUACAUUAGUUUCAGUGCUCCUGUAGUUCAACAGAUUGAGAAGAAACCAUUUGUUAAUCAUGUUGAUGUAACGAACCAGCUCCUUGUAGGCCAAUUGAGCUCUAUGUCUCAAGUUCCAUCAAGCACUGCAUCAUAUUCAAGCUUUUUUAGUCCAAACAUGGAAGAAUUGUUGAAGCAUGGAGACUGGGAUGACCUCAGAUCGAUUGUGGAGUUCACUGCAGAUCCAUAUUUUAUGUAAAAAAAACCUUGUGUAGUAUUAUUAGUGAUUGCAUAAAUAAAAAUAAUAGAGACUGAUUGU